GGUUUCAUGUGUAGUAGUUGAACGUAGUUAUGGCGAUUGUAGUAUUUGGCGUAUGCUGAUCGCUUCACCGGUAGUCGUCUGGCAUUAUUCUCGCGGAUGAUGGACAGAGAUUUCUGUCGGCCACGGCUAGUGCCACCACCUCAAAAUAGCAGCACGCAACACAACCAACCUGAACACCUCAACCCAAAAGGAUCGCAAUCACGAAUCCUGCAUCCUUUUUUUUUUCGUUUGCAUGUUCCCGUCCUGCAUCCCAAUAAUCCCUCAUCCCGUUCGUUCCCAACCAUCAACCAACCUUCCCUCCCCAUCGACCCAUAUAACCCGAAGCUGCAUGAUGUUACAUCACCUCAUCAUGAAACUUAUCUCGGCCCGACAUCCCGAACGUCCAGUCCAGCUCAACCUCAGCCCAGCCAGCCAGCCUCUUUCAACUCUAGUACAGUACCCCUGCUAAAAAAAAAAACGAAAAUAACAUUCGACCGCCCAAAACAUCCCCUUUCACCGAAACGGUAGAAGCCAAGCCACCCCAACCCAAAACCCCUGACAAUCAAUCUACCCGGGGCUAAUAGAUUUACCUGUGUGAUUGAGUUUUCUGCCGGUGGUUGUUGUUGUUGUUCUUGUUCUUGUUUGCCGGUCGUCGGUUGUCGGUUUCAUGUGAUGAUUGACGAACUACUCCCUACCUUCCAGCCAACUAACCAACUCACCAACUCACCAACUGUCCAACUAAUCAAUUUA